UCACUAGCAGUGUCUCCUGUUCAGUACCAGGGACAGCAGCCUUUACCAUCCUUAUUCUGCUGCUAUAGGGUCCCUAUUGCAAGCCCAUCAAAGAAGGGAGGCUCAGUGACUGAGGGCUGAUCCAGACACAUAGAAGAUAGAAGCAUUAGCCUGUAUGCCAGCAGGUGGACUGGUCCUGUCUUUUGGGGAGGGGGAGCCUGGAUAUUUUGCUGUGGAUGGGACCAAGCUUCAUGCAGUCGGCCAUGGCUCUGGGAUUGCCAAGUAAAAAGUCAUCCUCGAGGAACAUUGCAGUGGAGAGGAAGAACCUACUGACUGUUUGCAGGUUUUCUGUGAAGACACUCCUAGAGAAAUACACGGCUGAGCCUAUUGACGAUUCCUCAGAAGAAUUUGUGAAUUUCGCUGCAAUUCUUGAGCAUAUUCUUAGCCACCGUUUCAAAGGUCAUGUCAGCUGGUUCAGCUCCGAUGGUCAGAGAGGAUUCUGGGAUUAUAUCCGAAUCGCUUGCAGCAAAGUCCCCAACAAUUGUAUCAGCAGCAUUGAAAACAUGGAGAACAUCAGCACAGCCAGGGCAAAGGGUCGGGCCUGGCUGCGUCUCGCUCUUAUGGAGAAACGAUUGUCAGAAUACAUUGUGAUGGCUCUCAGAGACACGCGGACCACAAGGAGAUUUUAUGACGACGGUGCCAUCUUGCUGCGAGAAGAAUCCUCAGUACUCACCGGUAUGCUAAUAGGCUUGAGUGCCAUCGACUUCAGCUUUUGCCUUAAAGGAGAAGGCAUUGAUGGCAAAACUCCAGCAGUCAUAGAUUACACUCCCUACCUUAAGUUUACACAAAGCUAUGAUUACUUGAGCGAGGAGGAGGACAGGGAGAGCGUGGGGGGGAGUAGCAGUGAAGACAGUUCACCGGAACAUCCUUACCUGCCCCUUCUUACUGACGAGGAGAGUUGGUACAGCAAGUGGCGCAAAAUGGAGCAGAAAUUUCGCAUUGUCUAUGCACAGAAGGGUUAUCUGGAAGAGCUAGUACGUCUGCGAGAGUCUCAGUUGAAGAAUUUGGAAGCUGAAAACAAGCGUCUUACUCAGCGGAUCAGUGAACAGGCAGAACAGAGUCUGCAAGAGAAGCAUCAAUUGGAGGGAGUAAUUCUGGAAUUACAAGAACAACUCACUGGCCUCCUCCCUUCUGAAACUGCCCCCAUCAAACAGUUCACUCCCAGCCUGGGAGCCCCUCUGGGAAACCAAUGGCCGUCACUGAGCACUCUUAAUGAUAAUGAGGCAUCAGUUAAGCCUUCGCUGUACAGGAGACACAGCUACCUGAGCACAGAACAUCUAUCUGCUGAGCUCAGUCUAAGCUCCGAGUUCCAGCGUGGAGAUGGUAAGCAGGAUGGCGAGCCCUGGGGUCCUAUUGGAAAGGAUCCUACACCAUCAAUGUUGGGUCUAUGUGGAUCUCUGGCUUCCAUUCCAAGUUGUAAAUCUCUGCCAAGUCUGAAAUCCAACGAAUGCCUUGUGAGCAACAGCAGUGAGACCAGCCCAACUGGAAGCCCUAGCUGAGCCCACCCGAUGGAGAACCCAGAACCAUUACAACCACAAAAAAAAAUAGGAGCCUAAGCUAAAACUCCCACAAUCAUCCCAUGACCAACCUGCUGAAAAGGCCACUGGCUUAGCCAGGAUAUCCCACCUAAUCUCCUAUCCACUUCCAGCUCAAAUGAAAUUGGGGGCUUCUGGACUGGGCACCUGCUGACUCAAGAAGAAAAAAAUUCUGUAACACAAAAUAUGCAACUGACUAGAAGUUGGGUCCCCAGAGUGAGACAACUCAUUCACCUUUUAACCCAAAAGUUCCCUAAAAAGCAGCACAAGACCUAAACUUCUAGAAGGUGUUGGCCAGAAGAAGACUUCAACAGCAAUUAAUUGGAAUUCAUGAGUGGAAGCCAUAAACACACCUCAUUCCUAAUCGUGUCCAUUACUGGUGUCCUAUUGUAAAGACUUAAACGCAUCACAUUCACUAGAACAUGGAAGGAAUCAGAACACCAAAUCAAGAGCUUGAGUUUACCCCAAAAUGCCUCAGUCCCGAGAGACCUAAUACCACCUAACAUAUUUUCCCAUGUGGACCUAAGUUCAUGAAUGUGGGAAGGGUGGAACUCGUCCUUUACUGAUUCCAUCAUAUAUUGUGUGUCACUGGUACCCACUAUGCGUGUCAUGGAAGAUGCUUCCUACAGUGGGAGCUUCUCCAUUAUGCCUAUUAAAACUGCAAAACUUUACAAGUUGUAUGGUUUACUGGGAUGAUGGUGGGGACCUAACACAGAAACCCACCCAUAUCUAAAUCUCUGUAUACACACAUACCCAGUAAGUCGACUGGGGAAUACUGACACCCUGCAGAAUAUCAACUAUAUAUUAGCCUAUCCCUCACGUUACGUGCAACAAAUCUUCAACUGCAACACUCAGAUGGUUUUAAUACCAGUCCAAGGCAAUUCAGUAUGCAGCAGUCUAUCAUCGGCUUCAGGUUGGGAGAAAUAGAGGGGUUUUGAGAAUCAGA